AACACUGUCACUGCCACUCUUUGAAAAGAACAAACAACUUCUCUUCUAAGUCAGUGACGGUGUCCAUAUUAUUCACUCUACAAAAUGUUCCAAUUCAAACAUUUAUAAAUUUCAUGCAAUUUAGUCCUUCUUCUUUCUCUCACAUUCACGCGUUUAAUCCCUAUUUUUCUCUUAAAACGACAAACCCAUUUCUAAGUUGGUCCCAGUUCUUGCUUUGAUCAACGCAUGCAAGAGGAAAUUCAAAGGAUGAAGACAGAGAGGAGGGAGAAGGAAGUAAUUGUGAGUCAAGUUAGUCUUGGUGGAUUUGACAUUGAUGUCACUGCUAAAGAUCUUGUGUCGUAUUUGGAAGAUGCGGUAGGGCAAGUUUGGCGAUGUAGAUUGAAGACAUCUUGGACCCCUCCGGAGUCCUAUCCUAAUUUUCAGAUAACUGACACUGCAGUCAUUCAAAGAGCGGAUGGCUAUAGGAAGGUGGAGCCACAUGCAUUUGUGCAUUUUGCCUCACCCCAUUCAGCUACCUGGGCAAUGGAUGCAGCGGGGCGCUGUGAGCUUUUCUUUAACGGCAGGGCUUUAAAGGCCAGUCUGGGCCCUGAAAAUCCAUUUCAUUUGAAUCUGAGGAGGAGAACGAUACCUCCAUUUAAAUUACCUAAUGUGCGUGUUGAGAUUGGAACCUUGGUUAGUCGUGAUGAGUUCCUCGUUGGCUGGAGAGGACCGUUAACAGGUGUUGAGUUUCUUGUUGAUCCUUUUGAUGCGACGUGCAAGUUCUGUUUUAAAAGGGACACUGCCUUCUCUUUUAAAGGCACAACUGAGCGUGCUGUCAUCAGAUGUGAUUUUAAAUUGGAGUUUCUGGUAAGAGAUAUCAAUGAGAUAAAACAAUAUGCAGACACCACGUCAGGUCAUGUUAUUCUGUUGCAGCUGGCCUCUGCACCUAGGGUCUGGUAUAGAACUGCCGAUGAUGACAUUGAAGUGUUGGUUAAUUUUGACUUGCUAGAUGACGACGAUCCUUGGAUCCGGACCACUGAUUUUACACCGAGUGGAGCCAUUGGUCGAUGUAACUCGUAUCUAGUUUCGAUCCCCCCUCGUCAUGGUGGAAAGUUAAAGAGGGCUUUGACAUUUCUAAAAGAACGGAGGGUGCGUGAAGACUCCCUUAAGCGACCCCUUAGUGUUGUAGACGAACCAGAAUAUGGGAUUCCUUUAUCAGAUGCUUUCUUUUGUAUGCAUCACAAAGAAAAGAUAGCUUUUGAUGUAGUGUUUCUAGUGAAUGCGGUCAUGCAUAAAGGUAUAUUCAAUCAACAUCAACUCUCUGAUAGUUUUUUUGAUUUAUUAAGAAACCAUUCUCCGGAUUUAAAUAUAGCUGCACUAAAACACAUAUGUUCUUAUAAGCGCCCUGUGUUUGAUGCUUAUAAGAGGCUAAAAAUGGUCCAAGAAUGGUUGCUGAAGAAUCCCAAACUCUUUAAGAGCCCCCCAAAGCUUGAUGAUAUAGUAGAGAUUAGGCGGUUGGCUAUCACUCCAACAAGAGCCUAUUGCCUUCCACCUGAAGUAGAGCUCUCCAAUAGAGUUUUGAGAAGAUAUAAAGAUAUUGCUGAUAGAUUCCUAAGAGUUACCUUUAUGGAUGAGGGUUUGCAGACAAUGAACGCAAUGAUUCUCAACUAUUAUGCUGCCCCCAUUGUUAAGGACAUCACUUCUAUCUCCUUUUCCCAGAAGACAGGAAUAUUCAAAAGGGUGAGGAGUAUUCUGAAUGAUGGAUUUUACUUGUGUGGUCGAAAGUAUUCAUUUUUGGCUUUCUCUUCCAAUCAAUUAAGAGAUCGAUCGGCAUGGUUUUUUGCUGAAAAUGGAAAAGUUAGUGCUAACGAAAUCAGGAACUGGAUGGGGAAGUUCACCAACAAGAAUAUUGCAAAAUGUGCAGCCAGGAUGGGCCAAUGUUUCUCCUCUACAUAUGCAACUGUAAAUGUUCCAUCAAGAGAGGCUAGGUUUGACCUUCCAGAUGUCACGAGAAAUGGUUAUGUUUUCUCUGAUGGCAUCGGCAUGAUAGCGCCAGAUCUUGCCAAGGAAGUGGCAGAAAAGCUGAAAUUGGACACUAAUCCUCCAUGCGCUUACCAGAUAAGAUAUGCUGGAUGUAAAGGAGUUGUGGCUUGCUGGCCGGCACAAGGGGAUGGAAUCCGACUGUCUUUGAGGCCCAGCAUGAACAAAUUCCAAUCAAACCAUACCACCCUGGAGAUUUGUUCUUGGACUAGAUAUCAGGCCGGUUUCUUAAAUAGGCAGAUAAUCACACUGCUUUCCACAUUGGAUGUUCCGGAUGAUAUAUUCUGGAAAAUGCAGAUCGUUAUGGUCUCCAAACUAAAUCAGAUGCUUGUGGACGCUGAUGUAGCAUUUGAUGUCAUUACUGCAUCUUGCGCUGAGCAAGGUACCACUGCAGCAAUAAUGUUGAGUGCAGGUUUUAAACCAAAAAAGGAGCCUCAUUUACGUGGAAUGCUAACUUGUAUAAGAGCUGCACAACUUUGGGGCCUUAGGGAAAAAGCUAGAAUCUUUGUUCCUUCCGGGAGAUGGUUGAUGGGCUGCUUGGACGAGCUAGGGGUACUUGAACAAGGCCAGUGUUUUAUCCAAGUGUCCAUCCCCUCAUUGGAGAGGUGUUUCUGGAAGCAUGGCUCGAGGUUUAGUGAAAGGAAGAAAAAUCUACAAGUAGUCAAGGGUAUUGUUGUGAUAGCUAAGAAUCCUUGUCUUCAUCCAGGUGAUGUAAGGAUCUUGGAAGCAGUUGAUGCUCCUGAACUACACCAUUUGCAUGAUUGUCUAGUCUUUCCACAGAAGGGCGACAGACCUCACACUAAUGAAGCUUCUGGAAGUGAUCUUGAUGGGGAUCUUUACUUUGUGACUUGGGAUGAAAACCUUAUUCCUCCAAGCAAGAGGAGCUGGACUCCAAUGCAGUAUGAUACCGCAGAAGCCAAACAGCUAAAUCGUGCUGUCAGUAGUCAGGACAUUAUAGAUUUUUUUGCCAAAAACAUGGUGAAUGAGAGUUUGGGGGCAAUCUGUAAUGCCCAUGUUGUUCACGCUGACUUGAGUCAAUAUGGAGCUUUGGAUGAGAACUGCAUAAAACUGGCAGAGUUAGCAGCCACAGCUGUCGACUUCCCCAAGACUGGGAAGCUUGUAACCUUGCCACCACAUCUAAAACCCAAGCUAUAUCCAGAUUAUAUGGGCAAGGAGGAGUAUCAGUCCUACACGUCACACAAACUUUUAGGAAGACUCUAUCGGCAGGUCAAAGAUGCUUAUGAUGACGAUGAAGAGGCUUUAUCUUCUGAGCUCAAAUUCGCGCCUGCUGAUAUUCCUUAUGAUAAAGAUCUGGAGGUGCCCGGAUCUUCUGACUACAUUCGUGAUGCUUGGGAUCAGAAAUGCUCGUAUGAUGGGCAAGUGAAAGGCCUUCUAGGGCAAUAUAAAGUGAAAAGAGAAGAAGAGCUGGUAACUGGUCACAUUUGGUCCAUGCCAAAGUACAACAGUAGGAAACAAGGGGAACUGAAAGAGCGGCUUAAGCAAUCUUAUAGUUCGCUCAAGAAAGAGUUCAGACAAGUAUUCGAGAAGAUGGAUGUGGAUUUUGAGCAACUCACAGAAGACGAGAAAAGCAUGCACUAUGAGCAUAAGGCAUCAGCAUGGUACCAAGUUGCUUACCAUCCUAAAUGGGUAAAUGAGUCCCUGGAAUUGCAAGAUCCUGAUGAUGGUGACAGUGUAGCCAUGUUAAGCUUUGCUUGGAUUGCAGCUGAUUAUCUUGCUCGGAUCAAGAUUAGGCGUAGAGGAAGUGACGGCGUUGACACUGCUAAGCCCAUCAACUCUCUGGUGAAGUAUCUAUGUGAUCGGAUCUAACCAGAAUCCGAAGCCUCCAUAUUUUGCUAUACUUUGUGGCCGCAAGUCCACUCUGCCAUUGUUAUGCUUGAUAGUAUUGUGUGCAAGUUGCAAUGCAUUAGCUGGCAAAGCUUGUAGCUUUACGAUGAAGUAAUAAAUACUUUUGUGGAAUGUGCAUGAUUUCUUCUUUAUGAAGGGAACUGAAUUAUGCUA